GGAGCGGAGUGGGCGUCUGUCCGUCCGUGUGAACGCUCUGCUCGAGCGCCAGGUUCUUGGCGCGAGCAUGGAGGUGCCCGCGGUCAACCUGAAGUAAGCUGGCAGGAUAGAGACUUGUCUUGUUUCACUGACUGAGUGGAAAGAGGUCCAGGAGCUGGGUUUUGGGGGCGGCUGAGGACCAGGCUAUAAUUCUGGUACACUGGCUGCUUACAUCAUGGGCCUGCAUGGUGGAAUGGUUACCUACUUCCUAUGCAUGGGGCAACUUUACCACACUUGCCGUGGGUGUUUGGGCAGUGGCCCAGAGAGAUUCCAUUGAUGCUAUUCUCAUGUUCCUCACCGGCCUGCUGCUGACGAUCUUCAUGGACAUCAUUAAUUUCAGCCUGUUCUACCCUCGCCUGGCCUCGCAUCUGACCGACACCGUCCGCUUCAGCACCGGCAUGGCCAUUUUCAGCCUCCUCCUGAAGCCCUUGUCCUGUUUCUUCGCCUACCAGAUGUACCGGGAGAGGGGAGGCGAGUACGCCUUCAACAUAGGCGUUCUCCAUGUCGGCCAAGACCAUAGCGCCUACCAGACUAUCGACACACCGGAUCCACCACGGCCCUACCCAGAUGUGGCUAACAAGGCUGGUCCACCUCGUCCUUACUGAGUGUUUUCACUCCCUUUUCUUUCGGCGUUCAGGCCUGGGGAGGGAGAAAAAACGGUUUCCACGUCCUCCCUGUUCCCUCCGUCCCGUCGAGGAAGUGCCGUUUUUUAAAUCAUCUGCGAAAAAUCCAGGCGGAAAUCGAGAAACGCACGUGAACGGCUGAGGGGGUGCUCAGACCUUCCCCCGCCAUGAAUUCGGAACCGUUGCGCACCUUCACGGAGAACAGCGUUGCUUUUAAACUCUUCUCUCUAGAGCGUCACAUGCGCAGCACCGAACGCGCCCCUUCUAAUGUCUGUAUUCCCCAACCCUGUUUCCUUUCCCCUUUGCCGUUUCAACGGCACCGAACCUGUAGUUGAUUGAUCAAGCCUCUAAAUGCAUCCGUUUCGACGGCCGCCCUAAGAAAGGGGUUCUUCUCGGGGGUCAAUCAAACUUUGCCUAUGAAGGAGGUCGUUUUGCUGGAGUGCCUUUGGGCGUCAGCCGUGCGCUGGGAAGACCUCAUGCUCUAGCGAGUGUUGUGUGAUGGAGGGCUGUCCGCUAGCAGGACGUGACUCACUUUUCUGUGUUGAAGGAUCAACCCACCUUCCCCCACUACACCACCCUAACCCCUACCCCAAAUGCUGAAAUCUGUGCCAUUUUCUGCCAAAGAGUUGCACCUUCUGAUGGCUGUACGGGUGCCAGUCGGUUUAUCUGUUAGAUGUACUUUGUGCCUUAAAAUACACAGCCUUCUCUCCCUCUGGUUUUGUGGUUUUCGUACUCGAGUGUCUUUAAAGAGAAUGAGAGCACAUACUUAAUAAAAUGUUUCAGGCAAAACUA